UCGUGAUAGUCAUAAAUAUUCUAUCUGCAUGUGCAACACCUCGCCUGUGGUACUAGUACCUGUACGUGUGUUAACUUAUAGUCGUAAUUAAUGAACAAAACCUGACAACACAGCACGCAAUAACGAAGGCCUCUUUUGAUGAAACGGUGAAAUCUAGCCAGUGCCCUGAAGUGGAGCCGUUUCACUAGUUCGUAUCGGUUGCGCCCUGAGAGCGACAGAGGCAACCGUGGAGGCAACAGUGGUUGCGAUUGCAGCAGUUCGGUUUGUCGUAUCGUGGUACAUCAAAACUAGUGGCCGGUUAAUUAACUGAGGACGCGCGAACAAGUAUUCGUCGAAAUUGUCGCUACAAUGGGAGUCCCGAAGCUCUCAAGUGGAACUGCUUACCUUUUGCUCUGGCUCUUCGUUGUCCGUAGCGUGCAAGUUUGUGUUCUUGCAAAUGCUUUGAAAGGAAAUCCAAAGGCUGAUAAAAGUGAAGCAUCAGAGAGCACAACUUCAUUAGGCAUAGCAGUAACAAAACAUGAUGCAAACAGUGCACCAAACAGAAUCACUGCAGGCCUAGCAGGAAGCAAAGCCGAUGAACAAAUCAAGUCUGUUCCUGACACCGAGAAAGUUUACAUUGAGAAAAAUGUAAAGCUUAAAGAUAGCCUGGACAAAGAAAAUGCUGCACCUACAAGCUUAGUCACUGAAAAGCUUCAGCUGCUGCUCUCGACAACACACUCUCAAAUGGAGCAGCAGCACAAAAAUGAUGAUAGACCAUCUGUCUUGGACAGCAGCAAGAAAUUGUCCAAUGGCACAGGUACAGCAGUGGUUUCAAUGAACCAGUCUUAUGUGGACAGGAAUGAUGUAGGUAAAGGUCCUGCACCUAAAAACAAAGUUGAUGUGCAGACUACUGUGAAUGGUUUGCAAAAAGCUGAAGAUAACAAAAGUUCAGGCAAAAAGAAUGUUCAAAACAUUGGAGAACCAGGAGGUGGCAACAAACCCACUGUUAAUCCCAAGACCCCUCCAUCAUUUGUCAAGGAGGCUACAACAGAAACCACUCUGAAGAUUGCUCCACCUGGACCAACUGACACUGAUGGAACAAAAGCUUUGCCAGGUCAACCUCCUCAAGGGCUGCAAAAGUAUACGGGUGUGUCACCAGAUCUAUCAAAAGACCUGGGUGCAAUACCUCCUGCUUCUAGUUCGGGCAACCUUGACUAUGGCCAUGUGAGGGAGCCUGACUCAGAAGAGGAGCUUGAGCCACCCCUGCCAACACAGAAAGGCCUUGCCUCUGCAGCCAGUGGGUCAGCACCCUUAGGGGUGCAGCCCAUGGGGGGUUCUGUUGGAGGUAGUCGUCCAGAAAAGCCUCUUGAUGCCUCUGCAGCUGCAGGCGCCAUGCUUUUCCUGCCAGCCCAGGAUGACAGCCAUUUUUUUGCCUACUUCUUGACUGCAGUGGUGCUUUGUGUGGUUGGGUACUUGGCCUUCCAUAACAAGCGCAAGAUUCUGGCUCUGAUUCUGGAAGGCAGGCAUGAGCGCCAGAGGAGGCACAACGGACACUACAGAAGGCUGGACAAUGCUGAUGAAGUGCCAUCUGGCCGCAAAAGUCGUGGAAGUUUUUAGAAACAAGGACCUUGCUCUAGUCAGAUUACUGUGGCUUACUUUAAGAACUGGCAGCUGGAGCUGCGCAUGCCAACUAUUGUGCAACAACUCGUGGCCACCUGCAACUUCAGGAUACAACAUUCACUGACUUCCCUGCCUUAGCCAUAAGCUUUCAUUUUGUUCUUUCUGAAGAGAAUUUUUGUGGCAUGAUGGUGUAGCUGUGUUAAGGUAGUGAACUAAUGAGUGUGGCUGGCACGGGCAGUGUUCCUGUUAUUCCACUCCUGAAUCUGUGCUUGACAAGAGCUUGUGACUGUCUGUACAGCAUACAUGUCAGGCUUAGUGUACAGGUCUAGUCACAAACUCUAGUCAAGCAUACUGCUGAAUAAUAAUUUUAGUUUCUGUCGUUGAGUUCUAUGUUGAAGUACACUUAGAUUUAGUGCCCACAACUCUGCUGUCUUGUAUGUAUGUCCUUGCAAAGUGUGUAAGAGCAACAGUGUUUGCUUCCAGAAGAGGGUUGUAGCGCCAAAAAAGACAACACAUAGCAAGCGAGACGGGACAGGCGCAACUUCCGACUGUUUAUUCACCGCGUAUGCGAAUGAAUGUAAGGACAAAUCAAGAUGGGUAGCAAGAACCACACAUGCACGCGAGGGUUUUUUACAAAAAAAGCGGAUAAAAUAUAGGUGAGGCACACACGUAUCUCAUGCCCUUGUAUCUAAAAAAGUAGUUUCAUUCUUAUAAAUGGAGAUAGAUGGGGCGCUAACACAAUCGCUAUAGUUUCUUUUAAUAUAAAACGCCUCCAACAGUUCACGGGUUCUCUGGUCCUUACUUCUGUUUAAAACCUUUGCUUCUUUCAGCCUUGCCACACACUUGUCAAUCUAUCUACCCAUUUAUCUCCAUUUAUAAGAAUGAAACUGCUUCUUUAGAUACACGGGCGUGAGAUAUGUGUGUGCCUCACCUAUCUUUUAUCCGCUUCUUCUGUAAAAAACCCUCGUGCGCAUGUGUGGUUCUUGCUACCCAUAUUGAUUUGUCCUUAUAUUCAUUCGCAUACACGGUAAAUAAGCAGUUGGAAGUUGCACCUGUCCCGUCUCACUUGCUGUGUGUUGUCUUUUUCGGCGCUACAACCCUCUUCUGGAAACAUGCACCAACUAGCCCCCCAACAAGUAUUAAACAGUGUUUGCUUUGUGCUGUGACACUGUGGCAAGCUGUGCUCGACUGUUGGGGGUUUUUAGGGUUUGCUGAGUCACGAAUACUUUCUCAGUGGACUUUGAGUACUGCAUGCAGCAAUGAGAUUGGUGUGCUGGUAUCUACUGGAUGAACCAACACUGUACCAGCAGUACUGGUUAGUGCAGUGUAGUACAGUACAGUAGUACAAAGAACUACCAGCACUGCACUGGGGCCCACCAUAUAUUUUUCUUCCCAAAAGUUAAUGCCACCGCCACCAAAAAAAAAUAUUGGUAUCUCUGAGCUUAGAAGGCAAGGUAAUAAUAAAGGUUGAACUACUUUUUACCCAGAGACUAGAACAAAGUAUAAAGCAAGAGGCAAUAGGUUGGGCUCUUUUUGCUUCCGCUAUCGUGUAAAUUCUGUCAUACUCAGUUGAUCAAAUUUUUGCUGUAUCAAGACUUUGAACAAUUUUUUUUGUAGAGUAAUGCAACUAUAGAACAAACGCGCUUCUUAUUGUUGGCAUUUCAAAAACUGAACGUUCAUUGUCCAGCUGUAUAGACUAAGACAUAUGUCUUUCUGGUUUGCUUUCCGACUGGAUGGCAUUACAUUUUGGCGUUACACAUUGUGUACCCCAGUAGCAUGGCAAUAAUAAGAAUUCUGAUUAAUCUGGAUUGUCGAUUAACUAUCGCAGCUGUUGGUUGUUUAUAUUUACCCGUUUGAGAUUCCAUUUGUGUCCUUGCUGUUUUUAUAUAUGUAUAUGUGCACAGUACGUAUGCAUGUUCUUAGCAGAACAAAUGGUGCGAACACAACUCAUUCGUAAACUAUAAAACAGUGAUGAAAAACCAUUGGUUUGGUGGAUUAGCUCCUUGAAACACAUCAUUAUGCCUGAAGACAGUGGUGCACUUAUUUAGAAUCAAGUUAGGACACUUUUGAGCAAAGAACUUGCUUUUUUUUUUUUCAGCACAAUGUUUCAGUUCACAGUAGCACAGAAUUUAAGGGAUGAGGGGAGGUGCUCCUUAAGUAGUUUGUGCCUGAAAGGUUAAAUGUAGCAUUUUAAUCAUUGACUCAAAUUUUACAGCAGGUGUAGUUUGUGUGAUGUUGGCCCAUGUGUAUUGUAGCUGCAGUAUUAUGGUGCACUUGCUUUGAAACAGUUUAAAUAAUUUGAAUCAGAAACACCCUUUUUUACAUGUGUAAAUUCGUUUAUGUGGCUUAUAUAGUUUUUUGUCAUGUCUCUUGCAUGAAGCUAUAUUAAUUUGGCUCCUGCUGUACUUGCUUAUAAGAGAAGUAAAAAUUCUAAGAUAUGUAAGGGGAAUGACCACAGUUUUUUACUUAUCUUGGUUUUACCUCUGUGUGUGCAUGAUGCAUCUUUCACUGCUCACAUUGUGUGAAACCUAAAGUAAGGAAUGUGUUGUUAGUUUGUUGAGCAGAAACAGUUUAGCAAAAGCCCAAAAUUCAUCACAUCCAUGUGGACAUGACACUGAUGAAGCAGUGGGACUUUGAAAGCACAGGAAUGUGUUUUGUUCACAAUAAGUGUGGUGCACACUCAAAAAUUGAGUUCUUCGGUGCAAUGAAUGAUUUAUAGUGUCAGCCUGCACAAUUGUUUACGUGUGUCCGAGUCCUGCUUUGCUUGUUGUUUUCAUUAAACAUCUUUUUUUUUUUGUCUUUUCGUAUGUUUAUUUGUAAAGUUACCAAAGGAAAGUUAACAAGAAAUGUUACUGCUACGUAGAAUGCUUUCCUUGUUUCUCUUUAGACAUUGUUGACUGGAGACAGUUUAAAUUGAAGUAUUAGGUUAGGAAACAUCAAUAUCUCAUCUCCAAUUGUCAUUUAAAUUUAAGUUGCAACAUUGGCACACAUUGUCUGCAUACAGUUGUACUACGUACAUCAUGGGUUUUUUGGCAUAGUGUCAUGUUAUCUUGAUGUAGUGCCCCUUGUUGUCAAGACUCGUAAUACUUGCAUGGUACUGCAUAGAUACUUUUCUCACUUUCACUUGUGCUUUUCUUGCAUUAGUUCCUUUAUUUGUAUUUCUGUUUCACUUUGUUAACUGGUUGUGAUUCCAUGUUGUGCCUGUAAAAACCCAUGCACAUUUAGAUGCAGCAGUUUAUAUGGCUCAGCUGCAUGGAAGUUUUCAAUUUAGUUUGCACAUUAGCGCUGGUAAUGGUGUGAACGCAACCAUAUUGUCCGCUAAGUUACUGCAAGAUGUUACUUGCCCCCCCCCCCCCCCCCCCCCCCGUUAUUUUAUUUUCCAGGGCGUUUUUUGCAUUGUUUUUAGUACACUGGGCAAGAGAAAUGGUGACAAUUUUCUUUCAGAGUCAACAUCACUCAAGCUUAGCCCAUACAUUGCACAGGUCUCUAAACUUAUUUCUGUCAUACACUGGUAAUGUAUUUGCUUUGUUAUGUGAAUAAUGAAGCACAUAAGAUAUGGCUCAUUAAUUUUUAUAGCUGUAUUUCUGAAGGUCAUCUGCUGGACACUGGCCUUCAAAGUUAUUUGUGAAUCAAUGUUCUGGAGCAUGAUGCAUGCACCUGUCUUAUCUUCUCUUUAGUAGACUAGUCUGCUAGCACUGGGUCACUUUUCUACAAUUUCUAAAUGCCCAUGUUGCUUGCCAAUCACUGUGUAUUCUUAAUGAAACAUGUCAAAGUGUGUUCUUCCCUCUGUGCUUGAAAAGCAACAAUCACUCAACCUUCUGCAAAGGGUGUGCUGAUUAUGUAAAUACUGUACAACAUCGUGUGUCAAGCAUUUGUUUGCCAUGUGGCAAAACUGCCCUAUUCUGAGAUGGAGUAUAGAGUUCACCUGUGUACAUUGAUUUGAAAGCGAUUUCUGCAUCGAGUAUAAAAGAAAGUGGUAGAACUUGUUAUUGAAA